AUGCUUUUCCCCUCGUUUUUCUGGGCUGAAAUCUGCCGCCUGCUGCUGCUCUUUGGAGGCUUCCAGCUGGAGGAGCCGGUGAUGGGUUUGAAGGAAGCUGUGAAAUCUGAUAGCGUUAUUGCAGCAGCCCUUGGUGGAGAUGUGAAUUUCUAUUGCAACUUCUUGCUCUCAGUGGAUGUUUUGCAAGUCACUUGGCAGAAGAAAAAUGGGUCUUCCUUCCAGGACAUAGCUACCUACAGCCCACACCUUGGGCUGAGGCUGAUAGGGUCAUUUCAGAAGAAGGCACGUUUCACUAAUGCAACCCUGAAGAUCUCAGCUAUGACACUCCAAAAUCUCACAUUUGAGGAUGAGUCCUGUUACAGAUGCAUUUUCAACGUGUUUCCUUUUGGCUCUUUCAGCAAAGAUAUAUGCCUCAACAUCCAAACAAUUUCUGAGCUAACAGUGGAAUAUGACUCCCGCCUGUCCACUGAGGGUCUCCUCACCGCAGUUUGCUCAGCAACAGGAAAGCCUGCCCCCAAAAUCACCUGGCUGGAUGACGGAGAACUGGAUGAGUCGCCUGAGAUACACCACGUCCAACACGCAAACGGAACGAAGGGAUGUAGUGCACCCAGAACACCUGCAAAGGAGAAAGGCUUACACCAAGAGCAAAGCAAGAAAGCUGUGAGCCUGCAUGCAUCGAAGGACCAGCAGAUUGCUUAUCAAAAUAAGAAACAGACACCAGGCUCCUCACUUCACAAACGUCUACCAGAGGAAGCAGAGAACCUGAAGAGCAACAUCCACAACACGUUUGAGAGAGGACCUGUUGGGUUAUGCGUCAAGGAGCUUGGCUGCGCAUCCAUGAAGGAGGACAGAGAGGCAGUGGUAGUUGGGGGAGUCCAAAUAGCACCCCACCUCAGCUGCUCCCAAGCUCAGGAGGAAUAG